CAGGUUGACAACGCUGUUAUUAUACGAUCAACCUCUGCUGGAGCUGCAUGUGUGAGUUUCUCAAACAUGCAAACGCUGCCACAACAUCACCUCACACAACACUUUUGGGAAAGAGAGACCGUAUCAUCAAAACUACCGGUAUUACACAGAGAGAGCAUGAGCAGACAGCGCCGUCCCUCGGGAACUCAUCACAGCUCCAGACUGGACGUUUUAGAUAACCAAGAGAGAGAACAUCCCUGGCAACAUCCAGACAACAUCCACAGGGCGAAAAACACGGAGCAGAACGAAUACGUUCCUUCGCGGAUAGCAUUAGGCAAAAUAUUCCCCCUAAAACCAGUCCUCCACAAGAGAGCGUUCAGCUUGAGUAAUGUCACCAAAUCACAACAUCAAGAGAUACUUAACUCGCGUUUGCCUACACUGGCUGAUCAAGCUGCGGUCCGACAGCAACAGAAGACUGCGAGGAAACUAGAUCCCAUCAGCUCAUCCCAUCGAACAGGGAGAAAAAACCAGGAUCAGGAAGAGAAGCAAACACGCUUGCCGAACGAAAUCCAGAUGCUCCAGCAGAAGAUUUCCAAAGCAGAAGAGACUGUACGAAGAGUCCAAAAAGAGAAGAACAGAGAGAUAAAUCGAUGUUAUUUCGAGGACGACAGGUUCUAUGGUAAUGGAUAUGGCGAAUGGGAUGAGGAAAGGGACAGAUAUGGGAAUGGAAGAGAUGAUAUGGAAAGAUGGGAGGAAUGGGAGCGAGAGAUGGCGGAGAGGAGAAGAGAAGCUGUGAAACGUGAGGGACGGGGACGACCUUUGGCUUUAGACGUGGCGAAGGGUCACAAGCCUGAGGAAAAGAGAGAGUGGGAUGACUACGAACACACCGGAAAAGGGAACGGGCGACGCGAGAGAGGAAUGGGAUGGGAUGAUCAUGCCAGAGGAAGAAAUGAAAUGCACGACCUCUAUCUGGACAGAGAAGAUGAAGACGUGAGAAAACCAAACACAUGUGACUCUACGAGAAGGGACAGAGCUCACCUCAAACAUGAGAGGAGGGAGAAUAAACAGGGAUUUGAUGAACUGAAGGAGAAGCGCCUGCAGCGUGUUGAGCUCACUCCCGGGGAGUAUCCCGACGCCCUGCAGCGGCCGGUUCCCUGUAACGUGUGCGGCCGAUGCUUCGCUCGAGACCGGCUGGAGACACACACGAGAGUGUGUGAGAAAAAGAGGCCUGAGCGCAAGGUCUUCGACACGUCCCGGCACAGAGCCAAAGGAACCGAGCUCGAGAGGUUCAUGAAGACCCACGGCAGGAGCAAAACGCCGGAACUUAAGAAGAAUACGUGGCGGCAGAAACACCAGGCCUUCAUUCAGACCAUGCGUCAGGGUCGAGAUCCUGAGCCACAGCCGGGGUCCGAUCUGCACCCAGAGUACGUGUCGUGUCCUCACUGCGGCCGGAGGUUCGCCCCGGGCCCGGCCGAGAGACACGUGCCCAUGUGCCAGAACAUCAGGAGCAGACCCGCGCCUCCUAAAGCCCCGCAGGGCAGCGCCAGGAGGACCACGGCACGGUGAAACA